AUGAACGCCCACGCCGCAGGAGCCAAGAGAAAAUCCUCCGGGUCCCCAGAUCGCGCGCCUGCCGCCAAGCGAGUCCCUAACGGCAACUAUUCGGAAGAUGAAAACACACCAGAUGGCGAUGCCAUGCACUACGAUGACGAGUCAGACCUCGUCGACGAAGGGGACAUGUAUAUCGGCACACCCGUCAGCAUGGGCGAGUGGCAGGACACCAUCCAAAAGGUUGUCCGCAACGUCGUCGCCAUCCGUUUCUGCCAGACAUGCUCUUUUGACACCGAUCCCGCCUUAACAAGCGAGGCCACGGGAUUUGUUGUCGACUCGGAGAGAGGAUACAUCAUGACCAACCGCCACGUCGUUGGCGCAGGACCCUUUUGGGGUCACUGCGUCUUCGAUAACCACGAAGAAGUCGACUGCUACCCUGUUUACCGCGAUCCCGUUCACGACUUCGGUAUUCUACGCUACGACCCCAAGGCUAUCAAGUACAUGCAAGUGGAUGGCCUGGAGCUGACGCCCGAUCAAGCAAAAGUGGGUGUUGAAAUCCGUGUCGUUGGUAACGAUGCAGGCGAAAAGCUCAGUAUUCUGUCCGGCGUCAUUAGUCGUCUGGACCGAAAUGCGCCCGAGUACGGAGAAGGAUAUAGCGAUUUCAACACAUGCUACUACCAAGCCAACGCAGCUGCCAGUGGUGGUUCCUCUGGCAGUCCUGUCGUCUCCAAGGACGGAACUGCCGUUGCGCUGCAGGCUGGCGGUAGAUCCGAUGGUGCUUCGACUGAUUACUUCCUGCCACUCGACCGCCCGUUGCGAGCGUUACAGUGCAUACAGCAAGGGAAGCCCGUCACGAGAGGUGAUAUUCAGUGCCAGUUUCUGCUCAAGCCUUUUGACGAAUGUCGCCGUCUCGGCCUCACCCCCCACUGGGAGGCCGCUAUCCGCCAAGAAUUCCCCGACGAGACCAACAUGCUGGUCGCCGAGAUUGUUCUCCCCGAUGGCCCUUCUCAUAACAAGAUCGAAGAAGGUGAUGUUCUCAUCAAAGUGAACGGCCUGCUGAUCACGCAAUUCCUCCGACUUGACGAGAUUCUCGACUCCAGCGUCGGGCAGCCUAUUAGGCUGCAGCUGCAAAGGGGUGGCCAGGACAUCGAGGUAGAGAUUGAGGUUGGCGACUUGCACAAGAUCACACCGGACCGCUUCGUCUCUGUUGCCGGGGCUAGCUUCCACGACAUUUCCUACCAUCAGGCCAGGCUCUACGCCGUCGCCGUCAAGGGAGUCUACGUCUGCGAAUCCGCUGGGUCCUUCCGCUUUGACAACACCGACAACGGCUGGAUCAUCCAGUCUGUUGACAACAAGAAAGUCCCCGAUCUCAACACCUUUGUCCAAGUUAUGAAGGGUAUUCCUGACAAGGCGCGAGUUGUUGUCAGAUACAAACACCUUCGCGAUCUUCACACCCUUAACACAACUGUUAUCUACGUUGAUCGUCACUGGUCUGCCAAGAUGAAGCUUGCUGUCCGAAACGACAUCACCGGCUUGUGGGAUUUCAGCGACCUCGGCGACCCCCUCCCGCCGGUGGCACCUGUCCGACGCUCGGCCUCCUUCAUCGAGCUGGACCACAUGCCCGACCCCAGUAUCGCCAAGCUCAUCCGCAGCUUUGUUCACAUCAACUGCACCAUGCCUGUCAAGCUUGACGGCUUCCCCAAGAACCGUAGAUGGGGAAUGGGCCUCGUCAUUGAUGCCGAAAAGGGCCUUGUUCUCAUCUCCAGAGCUGUUGUGCCGUACGAUUUGUGUGACAUCACAAUCACAAUUGCUGACUCCAUCAUCGUCGAGGGCAAGGUUGUGUUCCUCCACCCGUUGCAAAACUAUACCGUUGUCAAGUAUGACCCGUCGCUUGUGGACGCACCCGUUGUGAGUGCCCGCCUAAGUAGUGAGCCUCUGACACAGGGUGCCAAGACCCAUUUCCUGGGUUACAACAGAAUUGGCCGCGUUGUGCACGGGUCCACGACCGUCACUGAGAUUACUGCCGUCGCUAUCCCAGCCAACUCCGCCGCUCCGCGUUAUCGCGCCAUCAAUGUUGAUGCCAUUACCAUUGACAGCAACUUGGGCUCCUCUUGCAACAGUGGUGUUCUUGUUGCCCCAGAUGGUACUGUCCAGGCUCUCUGGCUGUCCUACCUCGGCGAGCGGUCGUCGUGCAGCCAGCGUGAUGAGGAGUACUAUCUCGGUCUUGGGACCGCCACCCUACUACCUGUGGUAUCGGCUAUCCAGAGUGGCGAGAUGCCCAAACUCCGCCUCUUGUCUGUCGAAUUUCGUUCUAUCCAAAUGUCUCAGGCUUCUGUGAUGGGUGUUUCUGACGAAUGGAUCAAGAAGGUCACACAGGCCAACCGGUCGCACCACCAGUUGUUCAUGGUCAGCAAGCGCACAUUCGAGCGUGGUAGCCGGCCAGUAUCUCUCCUUGAGGGCGACAUCAUUCUCACCCUGAAUGGCAAGAUUUGCACGACUAUUACGGAUUUCGACAUUAUGUAUUCCAACACCUCGCUCGAUGCCGUGAUUGUGCGCGAAAAUGAAGAGCUUCACCUGCCGCUUCCAACUGUUCCCGCGGAAGACAUGGAGACUGACCAUGCGGUUUCAUUCUGUGGUGCCAUCUUGCAUCGCCCCCACCAGGCUGUGCGCCAACAGAUCAGCAAACUGCACAGUGAAGUUUAUGUCUCCAGCCGCAUUCGUGGAUCUCCUGCGUACCAAUAUGGUGUGGCCCCUACCAACUUCAUCACUCAUGUCAAUGGUGAGCCGACUCCGGAUCUGGAUGCAUUCAUUGCUGCGACCCGCAAGAUUCCUGACAACACAUACUUCCGCCUCAAGGCUGUCACCUUUGACUGCGUACCAUGGGUCAUCACUAUGAAGAAGAAUGACCACUAUUUCCCAACGAUGGAGUGGAUCAAGGACAACUCCGAGCCCUGCGGCUGGCGCCGCGUUACAUACGAAGGCGCUACUGUUUUGAACGGCGAGGCAACGGAUGGUGUGCCGCAGCCGGCUGACGAUGCCGAGAUGGAAUAG